UGGUUUAGGCCUACUUUAAAUUCUCCAAGAUUUUAGUAGGUGAAGUUUUCAGUUUGUUGAAUUUCCAAUUAGACCCUUGCGGAGCACGGGUUACCUGCUAGUUAAAAUAACUCGAAAUUCAUGACGAAUGGUGUAAAUGAUCAUAAAUCUUUUUGAUCUUCGAAUAGUUCCAAAAGCUGGUUAAAGUGAUACAUCAAAAAUAGUGAUAUAAAACAGUAAAUAAUACUGAAUUAUUAUAGUAUAAAAAUAUAUGAAGGGAUAAAGGGACAAGGAAUACCAGCAUAUAUUUUAAAAUGAUAAUCAACAUUUUCAUUAUCUAUAAUAUUCUUCAACCAAUCAAUUAUAGUAGAAGAAGCACCUUGAAAAUUGAAUAUGAAGAUAUAAUUGGAUAAGAGAAGACUGAAUAUAGUAAACCAAUUUCAUGCUCAAUUUGACUAGUAGUCAAAUAUCAAAAUUAAUGACAAAGAUUGACGUCAUAAAAAUGAAAGAUUUGCUGACAUAAGCAAGACAUAACAUUCCUAAUAGUCAUAAAAAUGUGUCAUAUAUUUUUGUGUCAUAAACAUGAUUAGAAGUUGAAGCCUUACUUGCUCUAAAUGUUUUUUGUGAGUGAUCAAUUUCAUGACAUAAACUUAAUUGGAAAUAGAGACCUCGUUCAUCAUUACAAAUGACUUGUGGAUGCAGAGCUACCUCUUUUGGAAAUGUUUCCAGAAUUUACAAGGCACAUCUCAAAAGUAGUCUCCGUUGUUGUAGUAUUAGUAGUGCUGGUGUUACAUACUGAGAGCAUGUUCUCUUUUCAUCUGAUGACGUAUCCAUUUGAAAUAAAUGAUACAAAAGGAUAUUCAAGGAUUAAGAGAUCUCCAAAUGAUGUUUCAAAUACUGACAGUAAUACCAAUGACGCAACAAAUAGAGGCAAAGAACAAGAAGGAGGAAAAGUAGAAGGGAGAGAUGGAACAGUAGAAGGAGAUGGAGGUGUGGAAGGAUCUGGUAAAGGAGAAGGAAUCGGAGAACGAAAAAGAGACAGAGUUGAGAAAGGAUCAGGGAAAGGAGAAGAAGUUAGAAGGAAACGAGAACAAGGGAAAGAAGGAGGGAGGGAAGAAGAAGCUGGAGAAGAAGAAGAAGAAGAAGGAGAAGAAGGAAGAAACAACUUCGACAGAGAUUACUCAGAGGACCCAUACGAUGCCGGCACCGCUGAUAUAAAAUACUACCAAGAAAACAUUCAAAAGAGAAUCCGUUUUGGACUAAAUUCGCUCAAAUCAAGGCAAGAAGAAGUUCUACAAACACUUUUAGAGGAUCCCGUUCACGACACUUGCAAGCUGGUUAAUGCUACAGACAACCUGGAGUCACAAGUUAGAGAUAGUCUCGUAUCUGAGGUGUCAUUAUUUAUUAGUAGAGUUGUAUCUCAACUUAUCAAUAAAACUAACGAUAUUGAAUGUAUUCUAGAUGGAGCUAAAGAAGCUAUGAGGAUCAUGAAGCUUUCAAACCCACAAUAGAUCAUACAGUAUCCUAUACUAUUAAACGAGCAAUUUCUGUUUAUAUGUUUAGAUGUUUGGAUGUUUAGAUGUUUAUAUGUUUGUAUUUAAUUAUUAUUUAACGAAAAUCCUAAAUAAAUGCUGCAAAUCACCCCGAAGACUUCUGCUAAUUCAGACAUUGACAUCAGGGUUAACAGCUAGAUGGAAAUUCGAUGAGAACCACUAUCCAAAAAUUAGUUGCCAGCCCGGGAAUCGAACCCGGUACCUCCUAAUUGCCUGUCAGGAAUGCUCACCCUUACACCAAACUUCAAUCUCUGGAUAGCAGCGCUAUCAUUAAAUAAUAAUUAUAUAUUAAUUAGCAUUAGAAUAAAUGCAUUCUCUAUUUAAUUCCAUCUGUUUGUAUUUCACCGGAUCUCGAAAACGGCUCUAACGAUUCUCACGAAAUUCAGAACAUAGUAGGUUUAUUAUAUAAAGAUUUGAUUGCACUAGGUCUCAUCCCUGGAAAAACUCUCUGGAGAACAUUAAAAGUACAAUUCAUCCUUGGAAGAACAGAUUUCGUCGUCUGUCGAUAACAGAAGAUGCGUGUGCCUGUGUGGGAGAUCAGCUGUGUAAUCAUUCAAACAGCUUACCGUAUCUCGCGAGAAAUAUUAUCUAGAAAUUUUAAUAGACUAUCAAAAUAAUUUGAUUUUUUGACAUGACAUGAUUUAUCACUCUAAAUUAGAGUAUAUCAAACAUAAUAUUCAAAGUUAAUCAUUAUGUUUUAAGUGAUUAGUGAGUGUUAUUUUGUCAUUCAAUUUGGUUUGUAGACAAUUUAAAUUGGAACUUCUGUUUUUAAA